GCUCAUUAGGAUAAAAAGACUAAGACCUUAAUAACUUCAGAUGCCAUCUUGCAAGUAAUUCAGAUGCAACAUUUCUGGCAUUAAACAAGCUGUACAUGUGUGAUUUUACAUAUGCUAGAAUACAAGUGUGCAGAAAAUUAUAGUCACAUUACAAUUACACUAAGUAUUUCACAUCAAUAAAUAAAUUAACAUAAUAGAAAUGAAUCCCAUUGUAUUAUCCAAAGGUAUUAAUCACAGAAGUGAAGUCCUAUAAGGAAUGAAACACCACUGCGCUCAAGCCUUCCUUUUUAGUUAAUAAAUUGCUGUUGACUAUGUUUAAACCACUUCCCAUUGACACAGAUACAUCACAGAUGUCCUCAUUUCCUUGUCAUCUCUCACCUGACACAGUACAACAAUGCUUCAGUUUGUGAUGAUAAUUUUACUUCUCUAUACCAUAACUUUGCUCUCAGAGACUCUCGGUUCUUCAACGUUGGAGGCAGAACCUGGAGAUAAAGUCACUAUUUGGUGCCACCAUGACCUGUAUCGUGCCAGUUACAUCUUCUGGUAUAAGCACAUCAGUACCUCAGUGCCACUUCUUGUUGGGUGCAAACAGUUUACUUUAUCUGGCCAAAUGCAAGAGUGCUAUUUCUCCACUGAACCUGAGCGCAUGGUGAUGUCUGUGCACAGAAAGAACACGUCUCUCACAAUCCCAGCAGUUAAUGUCUCUGAUACAGGACUGUAUUACUGCAGCUUCAUCAAGCUGGACAAAAUAAUAUUCAGUAACUCCAGCUACUUACAUGUGAAAGUAAACGCUGUUUCAGAGAGAAAUGGAACAUUAUCAACAAACUCAGACAGACCAGAAGAUUCCCCAGUUCUCUGUCCUCCAAAAGAUGCUGUCUCCUCUGGUGUGUUCAUGAUGCUGAGUGUGAUCUCUGGGGCAAUGAAUGUGAUUGUGAUUCCUCUCUGUGUCGUGAUCUUCAUUAUUCAGAGAACACACAGAGGUGCUGAAGCACAAGACAAAGAGGAGCAGCUCUUUAACAAGCAAGACAUGAGGACAGGGGGACAUGGGGAAAUGGGGGAUCCUCAUGACAUAUAUACUUAUGUUGUGUAUCAGAAAUUAGCUGAGCAGACAACAUGAUUACACAAUGUCAUGUAACGCAUUUUGUAUUGAUCAACAGAGUUUCUUUUUAAUGGGGUGAUGUUAGAGAAGGUGUUCUGUGUGUUUUCUUUUGCUCUAUAUUUUUGUUCAUUAUGUACAUUCAUUAUGUACAUUAAUAAAAUAUUUCUUCUUAACACAAAGUAUGUACAUGGUGUAUACAAUAGUAUAUAGAAGCAGCUAACUCCAGGCUUUGGGUAAAUAUAUUACAUUUUACAUUGGGAUUAGUUCUAAUUGUUAUUUAUUUGAAAUAACUGAGUUCAACUACACUACCCAGAGUACAAUGUGGUCUACAAACAUGGAUGCUUCAGACUACAACACCCAGCACCAACAGAGACUGUCAUGUUC